AUGACAGAUCUUAAUCAGUAUCAUCAUCACCAUCAUCAACAGCAGCAGCAGCAACAACAACAACAGCCACCACCACCACCACCACAACAACAUCAGCGACAACAGCAACAACAACAACAACAGGCACCACCGACUUCAGCUUCAACAUCAGCAGCACAUCCACCGCGGCGAAAUCAUGUAAACCAAGUUCCCUCUUCUGUUGCGCCAACUUUACAGAGCCCGACCCAAACCAAUCUAUCGACUCGACUACCACAACCAGUGACUCAACCACAACAAGAACCCCAUUUUUCCAACCUACGGCACCAUGCCAUAUUGCCUCGUGCUAAAGAACGCAAAAGUAGAAGACCCCACAAAAAUUCAAGAGACGGUAUGUCAAACCAGUCAAAUUGUUCAAUUUUCAAUUACUAACAUCCAGUUCCUAGGUUGUCCAAAUUGCAAACACAAGAGAAUCAAGUGUUCGGAAGAGCUUCCGUCGUGCCAAAAUUGCAUAAAGAAAAAUUAUAGAUGCGGCUACCUCGACUACUCUGAAGAUAAAUUGGAAAAGCUACGAAGAAAGAAUUUAAAGCGAGCAAACGAAGAUGCAGAAGAUUCAAAUGAUCACGCCAAAAAACAGCUGCAACGGGAGCAACGGCCACCUGAAAUCUUGAUAGACCAAGACCAAGAUCGAGGUCAAGAUCAAGAUCGAGAUCGAGAUCACAAUAACGACCAGAAUCAGAAUCAUAAUUACGAUCACGCUCAAGAUCGGUCCCGGUUGCAACCAAAAUUUUCUAUUCAAAAUGGUCACUUUAAACAAAACACCAACAUGCCCACCUCAGUGUUGGCAACAGUCCAGCAAAACCCAAUCCAACCUUUGAACUUGAUCCCUUCUGCCAAUUUGGCCAUUGCUCCUCCCUCACAGAAUCCUAUUCCUACAAGCAACACAUUCUUACUUCCUCCUUUAGGUUAUGACCAUGACCAACGAAAUGGGAUUAAAUCUACAAUGCAAAUGAGUAUUCCUGCAAGAUUACUCAACAACAUCAACAACAACAAUAACAACAGCAACAACAACAGCAGCAACAACAACAAUGGUGAUAACAACAGCAACAGCAACAUUAACAACAGCGCUAACAACACAGUCCAUGGUUCAAGUUUAAAUCUCAAAACACCAGAUACGUUCGGGCAAGCUAGGGUCGCAGCUUCACCGCCCAUUUUCAAUCCACCAAACUCACUACACUCGUCUCCUUAUUCAGAUUCACCAAACGAUGUCAAUGAACUUUUUUCAAACUACUUGUCAACGUUUAUCCCAAACCAAGCACCAUCGUCAAAGACCCCACCCAACAUCUUUGACUUUGUAGCAAGCAACGACUUGGACCAUUACUUCAAUGUUCCCGUGGAAGAUGUCGAUUUGAACUUGGCCGUUUACAAAGAUGCAAUUAAAAAGAUUUCGGCCGCCAAUAAUGACCUCCAUUUUUCAGAGAGUUUGACCGAGGUACUGGAUGAGAAUGGCCCAUACCUGCAUGCAACCAAUAUCGGUACUUUGGAUGCAACGCACCUUGGCCACGACGGUCAGUCCAAAGGUGAUCUAUUAGAUGACGCUCGAUCCGUUGACAGUUUUGAAAGAUCCAACUCGAUAUUUACUCGACACUUUGGCAUUGAUAUUUUUGCCAAUGAGCAUAGCGUGAAAACAAACAGUAGUGGUGGUGGAGGAGCAACUGCAAUCACACCUCGCCAGUUUUAUGGUGAGCCGUUACCAAACGCAAACAAGUCGCUCGAAUCUUUCCCCGUGUUGAAACACUCAAAAGACAUCAAGAUUCUAUUCACUUCCAAUGCUAAACUGUACAAGCCCUUGUCCAAUCUACACACUUUGCUGUUACAACAGUCUGAUUGGACGGAAAAGGACGACCGAAGAAUGUGGAUAUCCAUUUUCGCUCACGCAAUAAACUUGCACUACAUCUACUUUACCUUCUUUAUGGACAGGUCCCUCAACAUCAUUUUAAAAGUGUGUAACAAUGCUUUGAAAUCGAAAAGCAGCACCACGUGUUUCACCUCAGCGAUACAAGAGAUUCUCACCAAAAAGUCGUAUUCCUAUUUUGGAACUUUGAUCAAGGAUCUUCGAGAAUCUGUUGGUGGAGUCGACAUUGAAAGCACAACCACAGUCUCAUGGUAUGCGGGAUGGUCGUUGCUUUUUCACACGCAAGCAAGUGCCAAAGCAGUCACGCUUAUUCAUGGCGGAUCAGCCUCGCUCUUGUGGAAUUGCUUUUCAAACCACCGGAAUUCCAGUGAGCUCCUGCCAAGCUUAUCAUUUAUCGCCUUUGCCUUGAGAUACCACACAUCUGCAGUUGUGGCACCCGACUACAAGUUUGAUGUUAUCAACGAGUUGCGGUCCAAUUUCGUGCAAUUUAAAAAAUUUAUCAAUUACAACACAGAAUUGACUUCUCAGAAUAACGGUUACAUCAUCAAAAACUUUGUCGAGUUGGGAAAUUUCUUGGAAGACCUAGCUGAGACCAUUUAUCCUCAAUUUGUGCAGAUUGACCAGUUUUUCAAAGCCCAAAACGGCGAACAGAAUUCGUUUGGCGGAAUCAAAUAUUUCUCGCCGUCGUUGCUUUACGAACUAGUCAACAGAUGGUUCAAGUUGGUGCCUAGUUAUGCACGUUCAAUUGGACGUGCAAUGUCGCCGCUAAAGAGAACUUUUUACUUGUUCUACAUUGCAAUCGCCAAGGCAUUGGUUCAUGUGCUCCCGAUAAUCAGAUGCACCUUUUUGGUAGACACCUGGAAUGCAAGAUACCCGCAGUCCGAUUUCAAUUUUGACUUGUUCAAGUUUGAACGGUUCGAGGUUCUGGACGUUAGCCAAUACCAUUACUUGAGAAACUUGGCGGCAAAGCUCCUGCGCACUAUUCGGUUUUUCAACACCAGGCAACAAAUUAUAGCACACUAUAUGGCAGCAAACACAGUGCUCGACGCAGAAGACCGGCUCAUCAACACCGCCAGUCUUGAGCAGUACAAUGCAACCAACGCCGUGCCUAUCCCGGACGUUGUUUACAUCAAGGUGCAGAAGAUUGACUUUAAGGAGAUUAUGCUUUCAAACUUUUCGAUAAACACGAUUGUCAACAUCUACAACUACCCGAUUUUGAUCGACUUCAGUAGACGUUGGGACAGAAACAGCGAGUUUCGGAGAAUUGUUGACCGUGAAAACCACAGCCAAAAAGUGAGAAUUGAAGAUUACAGGCAAAAAUACGAAGGGAAAAGGUCAGGGCGACAACUUGAUGCUGAUGACAUUACAACGACAAACAUCAACCAUUCGUACGACUUUGAGUACGACCGAGGAAUGUACUCGUUUGAUUACAAGGUCGAGCCAGCCACCAACUAUUUUUUCAACUAUCUCAAGAAUGCCAUCGGUGACCAGAACGUAUCGACGGAAGAGUUGAAGAGCCAGGCGCAUAAUUUUGAAAAGUCGCAAAAGGCGAUUUUCCUGAGCAUGAACGUAAACAUGGCGAGUUUAUAG